GUCAGAGAACGUGAUGAAGUUUGUCUCUUUGAUGGUUGUUGCUAAAGACUUGUAGCCGACAAGCGAGUUUUCUUUUAGUUUGGUCACUCAGUCCAGGAACAAUCGACCGAAGAAGAGGUGAGAAUUAAGAUGGGCACGUUUGCGAAGCUUGCGACGAGGUCUCUGGAGACGGAUGAGCCGGUCAUGGUUCAGAUACAAAAAUUACUUCGGGGUGUCAAAGAUGCAAUUUCCUUGGCUCAGGGGGUAGUUUAUUGGAAACCGCCAAAACAGGCUCUGGAAAAGGUCGAAAAAAUUGUUUUGGAGCAUUCAACCAGUCGUUAUGGUGCUGAUGAGGGUCUUCCAGAGCUCAGGGAGGCAUUGGUUAAAAAGAUACGUCAAGAGAAUCAAUUGAACAAAUCCUCAGUCAUGGUUACUGCUGGUGCAAACCAGGCAUUUGUCAAUCUUGUUCUUACACUCUGUGAUGCUGGGGAUUCAGUUGUAAUGUUUGCACCAUACUACUUCAAUGCCUAUAUGGCUUUCCAGAUGACUGGCGUCACCAACAUUCUGGUGGGCCCUGGUAAUCCGAAGACACUUUAUCCAGAUGCAGACUGGUUAGAGAAGAUUCUGUCAGAAACCAAACCAGUGCCAAAGGUCGUCACAGUUGUAAAUCCAGGCAAUCCAUCUGGGACCUACAUUCCUGAGCCUCUUCUCAAGAGAAUUUCAGAUCUUUGCGAAAGUGCUGGCUCUUGGCUCAUUGUAGAUAAUACAUAUGAGUAUUUUAUGUAUGAUGGGUUGAAGCAUUCGUGUGUGGAGGAUAAUCACAUAGUCAAUGUCUUUUCCUUUUCAAAAGCUUAUGGUAUGAUGGGAUGGCGAGUUGGAUAUAUAGCGUAUCCAUCGGAAGUGAAGGGUCUUGAAUCUCAGCUCCUCAAGGUUCAAGACACCAUACCCAUUUGUGCAUCUAUAAUCUCACAGCGGCUUGCUCUGUAUUCACUAGAAGUUGGACCUGAGUGGGUCAGAGAUCAAGUGAAGGACCUCAUUAAGAACAGAGAACUCAUCUUGGAGGCACUCACACCCCUUGGAGAGGAUGCAGUAAAAGGUGGGCAAGGUGCAAUCUACCUUUGGGCUAGACUUCCAGAUAAGUGUUCUGAUGACUUUGAGGUUGUACGGUGGCUUGCACGGAAGCAUGGGGUGGUUGUAAUCCCUGGAAGUGCAAGCGGGGGGCCAGGAUAUAUCCGGAUCUCCUUCGGAGGCGUUAUUGAGGCUGACUGUAAAGCUGCUGCGGGGAGACUACGAAAGGGGUUAGAAGAGCUGGUGAGAGAGGGGAUGGUGGAGUAGCCACCCUGAACAAUUAUGCAACAUUGAUUCUCUUGGCCAAUUGUAACUGUUCAUGUUUGGUGUAUUCUUAACCUGAAUAAUGCCCUCUUGCUCUUAUAGAAAGGAUUGGUUGAUUCAUGGAGAAAUCCUAAGCCCUAAUAGUGUUUCAUAAUGUAUAGUCUCCUACUAGCAUUUGAAGUUUUGCA